AUCACCUACUACAAAGACAUUUUUACUAGAUAUAGAAUACACACUUGCUUGGAUAUACCCAAAUGAUCUUUAAACAAUUCUACAAAAACAAAACUUGCAAUCAUAACGGCGAAUAUUCACUACUCCAUAUCCACACUACUACAACAAGACAAAUCCUUCAUAUUAUUAUUUGUGAAUUGUAUAUAAUUAUACUAUGAAAUUGGGGGAUCAAGGUAUAUACAUAAUUUAUUAACAAAAGCUAAGAUUCGACUUGCAAUGCAACGACUCGACUUCUCUUUCAAGAUAAUGAUCCUUGAGAAACCCUAUAGAGCCAUAUAUUUGCUAUCUUUAUAAAAAGACACAAUCCCACCCUUUUGUUUAAAGAGUACUGCACAGCUAUAAAAAGGUGGAUUAAUCUGUAAAAUCACCAUGAUUAAGAGCUUAAGCAAUAUGAAGAAUUAUAACGAGAAACGUGAAAAAUGUUGUGAGUACAUCGAAGCUCUCGAAGAAGAACGCCGCAAGAUCAAUGUCUUCCAACGCGAGCUUCCUCUUUGCUUAGAGCUUGUCACUCAAGCGAUCGAGGCAUAUAAAAAGGAGAUAUCAGGGACUACGACAGAUACCUUGUACGGACAACCAGAGUGCUCGGAGCAGACCACCGGAGAAUGUGGACCCGUCUUGGAUCUGUUCCUACCUAUCAAACAAUCUUCAGCCUCCACAGAUGAGGAAGAGGAAGAAGAAGAGGUUGAUGAUGUUGAACACGAAUCUCAUGACACAGGCAUAGAUUUCGUUGACAAGAACAUGAAAUCUGAAUGGCUCAAGUCUGUUCAGCUUUGGAACCAGCCUGAGGCAGUUCCCGUUAGUAAAUCGGAGCGCUCACAACAAGAAACACAAACGUUGGUAGAACCGAUCAAAGAAAAUGACAAUGGAGCAGGGUCUCAUCAGCCGCCAUGCUAUGAAAGCAACGAAAAAAAUGACUAUAUUAUAUCUCUUGCGACUACUAGCAGCGGGAGCGGUCGACAACAGACGGAGGCUGAGAGAGACGGAAGCGGUGGCAGCGGCGGUAGCAGCAGUCGGAGAGGGCAAAGAAAGCAGAGGAGGUGUUGGUCGCAUGAGUUGCACAUACGCUUCUUGAACGCUCUUAAACAGCUUGGUGGUCCUCAUGUAGCUACGCCGAAACAGAUUAGAGAGCUUAUGAAGGUUGACGGGUUAACAAAUGAUGAAGUCAAGAGUCAUUUACAGAAAUACAGGCUGCAUACAAGACGACCUAGCCAAACAAUUCCUAACAACAGAGACUCUCAAACUCAACAUUUCGUGGUCGUCGGUGGAAUUUGGGUCCCACAGGCUAGCCACUCCAAGGCGAACGCAGUCGCAUCACGUGAGACAACCACCGGGAUUUAUGGGCCUAUGGCCAGCCCAUUACCGUCGGAGUGGCCGAGCCAUUCAAAUUUUGGUGGGGAGAUUUCGGAAGAAAUAUCAAGAUGCUCUGACAAAGGAAUUGUUCGGUGUAGCUCACCAGCAAUGUCUUCUUCCACUCGUACAAAGACUAAAGAUGCAAAAAUGUCAUAAGUCAUUUUGAUAAUUAUAUAAUAAAAGGAUAUAGGCAUUGAAAUGAAAGAGUUUAUAUAUAGAUGUUUGGAGCGACAAUUUGAAUAUACUAUUAUACUCCACAUAGGAUAAAUGUGACUUUGAUCGUAUUUUUUACACA